GGGGUAGUCGCACUGGCUUAACCUGUUUGUGUUUAACUAAUUUGCCAGCUCUGGUUGGUGGUUGGCGUGUGUAUGUGUGUGUGUGUGGUUGUGGAGGGGGGGGGGGCGCAAGAAGACCAGAAAGUGGAGUGCGGAAGGACAAGGGGACAUUUUUGGUCCAGUGCAGGGGGUGGGAAAGGCGAGGCUGAAGAGUGUAUAACUGGGGGGGGGGAGGUCGGGGGAGGGUGGACGGUGCAACGAGGGAGUGUUACGGGUCGGUGCGUGCCCCAGGAUUGACAAAGGAGGAGGAGAAGGAGGRAAGUGAUGGCGGCAGCCAUGGCUUUUGAACCUGAUCACGCGAAAUGGAAUGUUAUAUAUCCAAUAUACAUAAAUUCGAAGAAGACGCUGGCAGAAGGACGCAAGAUCUGCAAGUCCAAAGCUGUGGAGAAUCCGACGGUUAACGAGAUCUUCGACUGCUGUCAAUUUCUGAAAUUGCCUUGCCAUCCGGACAAGUGUUAUUCCAGAGAUUACAUGCAGAGAGGAAGAUUGCGUGUUCAAAUCAAGUCUUCUGGAAUGCCCAUAAACCCAGAUAUCCCGAACAGACAAUCCCUUCUGGUGGAGGUUGCAAAGCUUGUUCCAAAACAUGCAAAUCGAACACGAAAGCAGCAAGAGUCUGCAUCUGCAAGCGGUAGCGGUCCAGAAGUGAAGAAGAGUGGAAAGGGAGGGAAGAAAAAAAAUAGAUGACUGCUGCAUCUCUCUCUUGUGGAGGAGGUGGACRCWGAGGCGCUGGAUUGUUUCAUUCAUACAAUGCAGUUCACUUU